GCUCAGAGCUGUCAAUAAAGUUGUGUUUACAAAAUCAACAACGGAAGUGUCAUGGCGGUUCCUGUGGCGGAGAGCUGGACCUGGUUCCCGGCGUUAGCGCUGGGAGUCUCUCUGCUCAAAUGUCUCUUCAUCAGCUCCUAUCAUUCCACAGACUUUGAGGUGCACAGGAACUGGUUGGCCAUCACACACAGUCUGCCGGUGUCCAGGUGGUACUAUGAGAACACGUCCGAGUGGACUCUGGACUACCCUCCGCUGUUCGCCUGGUUCGAGUUCGGCCUGUCCCACGUGGCUCAGCACUUCGACAGGAACAUGCUGGUGGUGGAGAAUCUGAACUACGCCAGCCCGUCCACGGUGCUGUUCCAGAGGCUGUCGGUCGUCUUCACUGACCUGGUCUUCAUCUUCGCUGCCAGAGAGUGCUGCAGGUGCGUUCAGGAGCAGAAAGGUUCCCGGGACAUUCUGAACCGGCCGUCCUUCAUCCUGGCAGUUCUCCUGCUCUGGAACUUCGGCCUCCUCAUCGUCGAUCACAUCCACUUCCAGUAUAACGGCUUCCUGUUUGGGUUCCUGCUGCUGUCGGUGGCAAAACACCUGCAGGCUUGUCACCUGCAGGGGGCGCUGCUGUUCUCCAUCCUGCUCAACCUGAAGCACAUCUACCUGUACGUGGCUCCGGCCUACGGCAUCUACCUGCUGAGGAGUUACUGCUUCACUCAGGACAACAAAGACGGGUCUGUGAGGUGGAGGAGUUUCAGUCCGCUCCGUCUGCUGGCUCUGGGCAGCAUCGUGGUCUCCGUCUGCGCUCUGUCCUUUGGUCCGUUCAUCGUCAUGGGUCAGCUCCCUCAGGUCCUGUCCCGGCUCUUCCCCUUUAAGCGGGGCCUCUGUCACGCCUACUGGGCCCCCAACAUCUGGGCCCUCUACAACGUCCUGGACAAAGGCCUGGUGCUGCUCGGUGUUCGUCUGAAGCUGCUGGAGGAGGCGGAGCUUCCUCGAGCCACCAUGACGGGCGGUCUGGUCCAGGAGUUUCAGCACUCGGUCCUCCCCUCCGUCUCUCCCUCCGUCACACUCGUCUGCACCCUGCUCUCCAUCCUGCCGGCCGUGGUGUCCAUCUGGCGGCGUCCUCGUGGCGCUCGGGGUUUCCUGCGCUGCCUGCUGCUCUGCGCUCUGGGCUCCUUCAUGUUCGGCUGGCACGUCCACGAGAAGGCCGUCCUCAUCGCCAUCCUGCCCCUCAGUAUUCUGGCGGUUGAGAGCAGAGAGGAUGCUGGGAUUUUCCUGGUUCUGACCACCACAGGUCAUUACUCCCUGUUCCCGCUGCUCUUCACCCCCGCAGAGCUGCCAAUCAAAGUCACUCUAAUGCUGAUGUUCACCGUCUACUCCUUCACCGCCCUGAGGAAACUGCACAGCAGUCAGGGGCCUCUGCUCCGGCCCCUGGAGGUUGUCUACCUGCUCGGCCUGGUCACCGUGGGGAUUGCAUGCGAGGUUAUCUUCCCCAUGUCACCGUGGCAACAGCGGCUGCCCUUCCUCCCCCUGCUGGCGACCUCGGUGUACUGCUCCGCCGGCGUCUGUUACUCCUUCCUGCGUCUGUACGUCAGUCUGCUGCGGUGGGACGAGGAGAAGCCCAAACAAACAUGAGAGGUCGCAGGUUAGAUUCCCCAACACACCUACACCCGCCCUGCACACUGAGCAAGGCACUCAGACAGGGGGAGGUGACCGACAUUGUUCCAAAAACAACGUUAUUCUGAAUUAUUUUUGCAUAUUUUUCUUCGUCUUCUGGAACUUUGACCAAACACAGAUCACGUAACUUCACAUGCAGAUGUUUCCAGCAGCUGUAGAAAAGUUUGGGAGCAGGAAACGAGUCGACUGAUUGAUCUCCAGGAAACACUCUGUGGUUCUGAUCAAUACAACAAACACAUCAACACACAACUUCUCAGAGUUAUUGUCUGAAAACGUCUUCAGUUCCCUCUGAUCAUGUCACGUUUAUCUGGGUUUAGAUUCACAGACGACAAAUCUGUAACAGGAAGUCUGAGCUGUGGACUGCAGCAAAUUUAAAGAUUAAAUUUUACAGGCUGAUUGUGUUGAUGCAGAAUUCACUCGUAGUUAACCUCGACUCUGUGCAGAUCAUUGCUCAUGUUUUAUGUUGUGUGGACUGAUGGAAAAUGGAGGAUUUCUUAAAACAUUAGUUUUUUCUUUGAGGUUUGGCUGUGUGUUAUACAGCAGUGAGGAUGAGUGAGGAUGAAAUCAGCUGAAAUAUUUAAAUUUAUCUGAAGAUGUUUUAACCUGGAGCCUCUGGUGUUUCCACCUCACACAUCAGGAGUCGGUGGUAACUCAUCUCUCAACCAAGGAAAGGUCAGAAACAUUUAUUUUUUCACUCAAGAAACCAGAGUCCAAUCCAGCUACAGGAAGUGUCUGGACUCGUUGAACUCUGUGACUCGAACCAACUGGUCGAUGAAACGAACUGAAGGACAUGUUUUUAAUAAAAGACCACAUGGACCAAUCAGAACUGAAGGACAGAUGAUGAUGAAGUUUGUUUUUCUAUAUUUUCAAAUAAAAAGAAAGUGGAAUUCGUCACA